AGUGAACGCCGAGGGCCGGAAGUGGGUGUGGAUCCGCGGCCCGAAAUGAAGCCGGCCGUGGACGAGAUGUUCCCCGAGGGAGCCGGGCCCUACGUGGACCUGGACGAGGCGGGAGGCAGCACUGGGCUCUUGAUGGACUUGGCAGCCAAUGAAAAAGCAGUUCAUGCAGACUUUUUUAAUGAUUUUGAAGAUCUCUUUGAUGAUGAUGAUGUCCAGUGAGACCCGGCCAGCCGUACGCACGGCCCUGUGCAGCAUGCCAGUCAGCCUGGAGGACAGUGGCGAAUGGCUUUAGAGGCCUGUGGACAUCACUGGAAGUUAGGGCCUGGCCCACCGAAGGAGGGAGGGAAGAGGCUGCCAGAGCCACCAGGGUGUGCUGUCAUCUCUGACUGGACCAGCCUUUGUCCUUGUUUCCAGUAAAAUAAAUAUGCAGGGUGGUUUUCGUUCUUGUA